AAUCGUUCACCUGUGCCCAAGACCGAUUCACCCAACGUUGUCGUUCGAUUAGGUUGUACUUAUUUAGAACGCGGUCUCAACAGCGAAGAGAAGGGUCGUGAUCACGAGUUUUAAAGUUUUUUAGUUUUUUUUUCUUCCGCCAGUAAUGAAGCAUUUUCAUAUAAACAAUCAGAUUUAAUAUAUUUCGACGAAGACGAAGCUACGGGAAUCUCGUGGACAUAUCCGGCACAGGUUGUUCUCUAGACCCGGUAAGUUUUUCGAACCGCAAAUCUACCCGGAUCAGGCGAGAGAUGACUAAUUGAGGGCAAGAGAAAAUAUUCCAAACGAUAAUGACGGUAUCCAACCGUCUAUACUACGGAGUAUUCAAAACUUUCUCGAGUGUGUAGAAAAUAAAAACACUUACGGAUUUGCUUAAAAACUGUUCAAGACCACCAAAACAGUCAAUAUCAUAUUUGGUAUAAAAAUGGCUGUCGCCACGCCUGAUAUCCAAUCAAAUAUUCAAGAGUUUUUUAAAAAUAAAUCCGUCUUUGUCACGGGAGGAACUGGAUUCCUUGGUAAACUUAUCGUUAACAAACUGAUUAGGUCAUGUCCUCAAAUCAAACAUAUUUACUUGUUGGUGAGAGACAAAAAAGGAAAAUCCGCGCAUGAAAGAUUAGAAGAUAUAUUCAACAUGCCAAUAUUUAAAGACAUCAACUCAACAUAUUUGAAAAAGAUUAGUGCUUUCAGCGGCGAUUGUAGCCACGCAGAUUUGGGAUUGUCUAUUGAAAAUCUUAACACGUUAGUCAAAGAAGUAAAUGUGAUAUUUCAUAGCGCCGCCACGGUUCGAUUUGAUGAACGCCUAGACAUUGCCAUUGGAAUAAACGUAAUAGGUGCCAGAGAAAUUGUAAAACUAGCCCAUAAAAUGGAAAAUCUCGAGUCGUAUUUACAUGUUUCUACGGCUUUUUCUAACUGUCAUAAAAAACACAUUGAUGAAAAAUUUUAUGAUUUACCAUACAACUAUGAAAAACUCAUUCAUCUCUACAAAACAAAGAGCUCAAAUAUACUCGAAAAAAUGAAACCUUUCCUAUUAGGACCUAUGCCAAAUACUUACGUCAUGACAAAAGCAGCCGCUGAACAACUGAUUAAGCACGAGGCCGUGGGCCUACCCGUCACGAUAUUCCGUCCGGCAAUAGUGAUAGCAACGGCCAAAGAACCUCUACCGGGUUGGAUUGACAAUUUAUACGGGCCAACGGGUAUCGUGACUGGCGUGAUGACAGGGAUAAUAAAAGCGCUGCCGUGUGAAAUAGACGCUGGCACAGAUUUGGUUCCAGCCGAUUUGACUGUAAACGCGUUAAUAGCCGCGUCCUGGGACACAAACAUCAGACACUUGGGUAAAAGUAAGUUAAUCGAAAAAUGUGAAGAUGACCCAUGGAUUUACAAUUUCGUAUCAUCGCCCGAAAAUCCUCUUACCUGGGGAACAUUUUCGGAAACCCUGAUGUACCACAUACUACACCGACCCACGGCUAAAGCCAUGUGGUAUCCGACUUUGAUAGUGAAUGCUUCGAUGUUCUUACACAAACUCACUGUACUUAUAUUGCAUUACCUACCUGCAUUCCUAUUGGAUUUAGUCUUCAUAGUUAGGGGGAAAAAACUCAGAUUGGUCGAUCAAUACAAAAAAAUUGGAAAAUUCACUGAUAUUUUGGAAUAUUUUUCCACGAGAGAAUGGAUAUUUUCUAAUAAAAAUGUCCAUGAUUUAUGGGAUAGGUUAAAUAAAGACGAUAAAACACUAUUCCCGUUCGAUAUUAAGCAAAUGCACUGGAACGAGUACCUGGAUACAUAUCAUAAAGGAAUAAUGACAUUUUUACUCAAAGAAGGACCGGAUAAGUUGCCGGCGGCCAAAAAACGUCUUAGAGGGUUAUACAUCUGCCAUAUGAUUUUCAAAGGUGCCGUCUACAUAGGACUCAUGAUGUUCUUUUGGAUGAUCAUAAAGAAAAUAUUUUUAGUAUAAUAGUCGCGUAUACAAGUGUACUGCGCGCAAGUUUGAAGUUUCAGUCGCAAAAAAUUCCAAACUAUGCAAAAGUACUAGAACCCGUAAAUUAUUUGUACCUCCUUUCCGGCGAAUCAAACACACCACUAUUUUAUUUAUUUCGUUUACUUUAAUUUAUAUAUGUAACAUAUUAUGUAGAAUUAUAUUUUUAUAUAAAUUUAA